GCGGCGGGGGGCGGCGCCGGGCGCUCGCCGGUCUGCCCUAAGUGACGCGGGCUUGAGACUGUCGAAGUGUGUUAGAAACGGGAUGUGCCGGCAUGCUGUAGCGUUGUCAGGUUAAGGAUCAACAGAGUCACUGAAUCUAAAUGACUCCAAGGAUAGGGGAGUACAUCCAUCACCACCCGCACUGUGCAGGACUCAGAGGAGGAUUUCCCUGCACGGAAGCACAUACCUGGCCAGCAGCCAGUGAGGACCCAUCCUUUGCAGGCAUCUCACCUUAGAAACAGCACGAUUGUCAUUCAAGUCAUUUUUGAAUAUGAGAGAAGAGUCCUGGUUUCAACAUGUCUUCGAUAGAGACCAACUGGACUAGGUUUAUUCCUUCAAGAAGUCUCCUAAAGCCCAUGCAGAAGCAAUCAUUUCCAGGAGUAAAUAAUAUUGUGUCGGAUGCCUGAGGAGACAUUACAGCUUUCCCAGAUUGGGAGGAAAAAUAUGGAAUGUGUUUUAACGCUGACUGAACACAACCACAUGAACUGUACUGACAGUACUUUGAAAACCAGCAGUUAGCAGUUUGUUCAGGCUCUAACAUUGUCCAGCACUUUCCAGAGCAAACUCACUGUUUACAGGAACGCUCGGCCUUACGAAGUUUAUAACCUCAAGCAUUGUUUGUUUUAAAUAUUUCCUCAAAAGAAAAGUACCUGGAGCCCACUUUCUAAAAUGGCCAUGGAUGGAUACUUGUGGAUGGUUAUUUUGGGUUUUAUCAUAGCUUUUGUCUUGGCAUUUUCUGUUGGUGCAAAUGACGUUGCCAAUUCAUUUGGCACUGCCGUGGGCUCUGGUGUGGUGACCUUGAGACAGGCGUGCAUUCUGGCUUCAGUAUUUGAAACCACUGGCUCAGUGUUAUUGGGAGCCAAAGUAGGGGAGACCAUUCGCAAAGGUAUCAUUGAUGUGAACCUGUACAACAAGACGGUGGAAAGGCUGAUGGCUGGGGAAGUCAGUGCAAUGGUCGGUUCCGCUGUCUGGCAGCUGAUUGCGUCCUUCCUGAGACUUCCCAUCUCAGGGACACACUGCAUUGUUGGCGCCACAAUCGGGUUCUCUCUGGUUGCAAUUGGUACAAAGGGUGUGCAGUGGAUGGAGCUUGUCAAGAUCGUUGCUUCUUGGUUUAUAUCUCCACUGUUGUCUGGUUUCAUGUCUGGCAUGCUGUUUGUACUGAUCAGAAUUUUCAUCUUAAAAAAGGAGGACCCUGUCCCCAAUGGCCUCCGGGCACUCCCCGUGUUCUAUGCUGCCACUAUAGCGAUAAAUGCAUUUUCCAUCAUGUACACAGGAGCACCAGUGCUCGGGCUGGCCCUCCCCGUGUGGGCGAUAGCCCUCAUUUCCACCGGUGUCGCUCUGCUGUUCGCCCUUCUCGUGUGGCUCUUUGUGUGUCCGUGGAUGCGGAGGAAAAUAGCAGGCACAAUACAAAAAGAAGGUGCUUUAUCACAAGUCUCUAACGAAAGCCUCGAUAAAGUGCAGGAAGUGGAGUCCCCAGUGUUUAGAGAGCUCCCAGGUGCCAAGGCUAAUGAUGACAGCACUGUCCCUCUCACGGGGCUGACUGGGGACACUCCUGGCGCUUCAGAAGGCACUUCAGCAGGAAGCCACCCGCGGGUGUCCUACGGGAGGGCGCUCUCCAUGACUCACGGCUCUGCAAGGUCGCCUGUCUCCAACGGCACCUUCGGCUUUGAUGGCCACACAAAGAGUGAUGGCCACGUGUACCACACUGUGCACAAAGACUCGGGGCUCUACAAAGACCUGCUGCACAAAAUUCACAUCGACCGCGGCCCGGAGGAGAAGCCUGCGCAGGAGAACGGCUACCGGCUGCUGCGCCGCAACAACAGCUACACCUGCUACACGGCGGCCAUCUGCGGCCUGCCCGUGCACGCCACCUUCAAGGCCGCGGGCGCCCCGGCCACCGCGGAGGACAGCGAGAAGCUGGUGGGCGACACCGUGGCCUACUCCAAGAAGAGGCUGCGCUACGACAGCUACUCGAGCUACUGCAACGCGGUGGCCGAGGCCGAGAUAGAGGCAGAGGAGGGCGGUGUGGAGGUGCAGCUGGCGCCUGCGCUGGCACAGCCGGGCCCGCCUCGGGAGGACGCUGCCGAGGACGAGAAGGACGAGUGUGACACGGCCGAGGUCCACCUGCUCUUCCACUUUCUGCAGGUGCUCACCGCCUGCUUCGGGUCCUUUGCCCACGGGGGCAAUGACGUGAGUAAUGCCAUUGGUCCCCUUGUGGCUUUGUGGCUGAUUUAUGAACAAGGUGGAGUAAUGCAAGAGGCAGCCACUCCUGUCUGGCUGCUGUUUUACGGAGGAGUUGGAAUUUGUACAGGUCUCUGGGUUUGGGGGAGAAGAGUGAUCCAGACCAUGGGGAAAGACCUCACUCCAAUCACACCAUCCAGCGGCUUCACCAUCGAGCUGGCCUCAGCAUUCACAGUGGUGGUCGCCUCCAACAUCGGGCUCCCGGUCAGCACCACGCACUGCAAGGUGGGCUCUGUGGUGGCUGUGGGCUGGAUCCGCUCCCGGAAGGCCGUGGACUGGCGCCUCUUCCGGAACAUCUUUGUGGCCUGGUUUGUGACCGUGCCUGUGGCUGGCUUGUUCAGUGCUGCUGUCAUGGCUCUUCUCAUGUACGGGAUCCUUCCAUAUGUGUGAUUUGUCAUCUUCCCACGGUAGACAACGAAAGGGAGAGUCUGGUGUGGGUGUGUGUGUGGGCGUCAUACGUCCACAUACCACACACCCCCAGCCACACACGACUGUCUCUCACUGGCUCUCCGGCCCUUCCAGAUGGUUCCUGCCACACCACUCACCCAGACUAGAGAUUCACCUUCCAGAGCUAACUUAACUACUGUACAUAAUAAUGUUUUAAACUGGUGUCGUGGUGACAUAAUGUGGUACACUUAUAUAAAAUAUAUACUGUAUACAUAGAAUUGGUAGCAUUAUUGCAAGCAUAUUCAAAAUGGGAGUGGAGGAAAUUGCCUAGGACUAAAUACUCAGUAAAUUUUGUACGUAAUGAUUUCAGUGGCAUAUUUUAAGAACCUUUUAAAGGAAAGCGUAGAUUGGAAAAUGACUUUUUUCCAAGUGAUACUUUUCCCUGUUACUAUACUGUAAGAUAAGUGGGAUACAGGAUCUAUAAUGGUACAGUCUAGAGAAGAUGUGUGUAGGUAGCGUGCUACUGAGCAAUACUGGACAGGAGUUCACAAGUGCUUUUCCUGAAGAAUCUGUUCAUAUACUGUAUACUGACCAUUGUGUAAUACAUCAUCAUUGCUUUUGUAAAUACUUAAAAUUAUAAUUUUUUAAUGGUGUGCUUCCUUACACUUUUUUGAUCAGAGAAUUUUGGUAAGUACCAAAGAAGCAGGGAGAUAGUUUGCCAGUGUUAUAUUUUCAUAUUGUCUGUCUCCCCUUCUCAUUAGUCCCUCCCAGUAACCUGGGGUGUGGGGAGACUGGUGUGUCCUGCCCUGGGCAGUGCGUAUGGUCAAGGCACCAGCCACCCAUCGUGUGCCUGCCACACUUGGGGCUCCCCACCCCACCAGCAGCACCAACCCCACUGCCACCACCUACCAGAUACUGGCCAAGCCUGCAGUGGCCUUCCACUGUCAGCAGCACAGAGUACAGGUGUAAGGACAAGUGGUCAAGUCCAGUUCACAUCUUCGUCCUCAUUCUGCCCUGCAGCCUGAAGAGUGGGAUUCUUGUCUCAAACGUUGAAGCAAAUGAGGCUUUUUAUGUGCUUUAGAAAUUUGGGGAGUGGGGGUCGGGGGGCUAAAGUAUUAGAAAGUACACUGGAUUUGAGAAUUUCUUCGAGGCCUUUACUAAACUGAACAUCCUGAUGCUGGUCUGUAACCCCAUUGGGUUCUCUUUUUUGAUAGCAGGAGGGAGGAAGUCUGACUGUCAGCCUGAGAUUAUGGAAAUGCUGCUAAAUUUUUUAUAUUGACAAACAUUUUCUUGGUACUUCAUUGUGAUUUUUCAUUAAUCAACCAUAUUAAAUUUAUAAUAAAAAUGCCCCUCAAAAGUU